GCAGAUACACAAGUCAGGCUUGUUUUGAGCCAUUGCCCUCAUCUGCACCUUCUGAAGAUGUUGGGAAGAUGAUUGGAAAUGAUAGGCAUGAGAUCAAAGAUCAGUUGUAUGUGGAAGCCAGAGCUCUAUUUUUAUGUACAAGAAAUACAGAAGAUUUUGAAUGUGUCGAGCAACCUCUGAUAUCAAGUAAACAAGCAGCUCAAACAAUGAGCAGAAGAAUAUUGAGAGAAGAUAUGGGUGGGAACGAAAUAUCACAUAAUGAUAAUAACUUGUCCAAAUUUGUCAACGAGGAUGUGUGGAGAAAUAUUCUCCAAUUGCCAUUGUUGGGUGUGGUGAAGAUGGAGCUUUAUAAGGAUAGGGUUAUGUGCGAGAGUCUUUGA